AUGAAUGGUAAUCAUAUGACUACAAUGAUUACUUUAAUUUGUAUUGAAUUCAUAACAAGCAAGUCAGUCAAAACUAUUGGAACAACCCCAUGGUACAUGCAAAAAGAACACUUGAUUCAUCGAUUUCAUAACAGAGAACCAACAACUGAUAAUAAAAAAUUAAGUUCAAUCAGAGUUCAUGAUGAAGAAGUUCCUGUUGUUCCAAUGUCUGUUGCUGUCCUCAUUGAUCCAGAGUUGGCCUCUGAGCAUGCGGAUGCUAGUGAUAAAACAGAAUAUGUUCAUAGUUUUUGA